CUUGAGACCUGAGUUGAGUUGAGUGAGUUUUUCUACCAAAAAAUAGGAAGAAAAAAAAAAAAGAAGGAAAAGUUGAGUGAGUUUUGGUUCCCUCCUCUCGUACUCCUCUACGGUACCUGAAGAACCCUAACCUUUUCUUUCCAUUUCUUCCUCUUUUGAAGAGAAAACAUCUGACUGGAGAGAUAAGGUCUAAUCUUAUCGUUCCACACAUCAAAAUCAUAUUUGUUCUUCCUACUUUUCUUGGUACAAACUCAUCCCCCACCCGCUUUUUGCUGUGUGUUUCUCCAAUGGGGGACAACCAGAAGGAGGAUCGCAGUGAGAGCAGUGAAUUCACAUCGGAGGACGAAGGGACGGAGGAUUACAGGCGAGGAGGUUAUCAUGCGGUGCGAAUUGGUGAUACAUUCAAGGGCGGCCGCUACGUCGUACAGAGCAAGCUCGGCUGGGGCCAUUUCUCCACCGUCUGGCUCGCUUGGGAUACUCACAACUCUUGGCAUGUUGCUCUCAAAGUACAAAAGAGCGCUCAGCACUAUACUGAGGCAGCGAUGGAUGAGAUAACAAUCCUCAAACAGAUCGCCGAGGGGGAUCCUGAUGACAACAAGUGCGUCGUCAAGCUUUUGGAUCAUUUCAAGCACUCUGGACCCAAUGGGCAGCAUGUUUGUAUGGUUUUUGAGUAUCUGGGUGAUAAUCUUUUGACCCUUAUUAAGUACACUGACUACCGCGGGGUGCCUCUCCAUGUGGUUAAGGAAAUCUGUUUCCACAUUUUGGUGGGUUUGGAUUACUUGCAUCGCCAACUUUCUAUUAUACACACCGACCUGAAGCCUGAAAACAUCCUGCUUUUGUCCACGAUAGACCCAGCAAAAGACCCCAGAAAAUCAGGUGCUCCUCUCAUCCUUCCCUCUACCAAGGAUAAAUCCGUCUUUGAGUCUGGGGCUGCCAAGGAUAUUAAGAACUCCAACGGCGAUUUGACAAAGAGCCAGAAGAAGAAGAUCCGCCGGAAGGCUAAACGGGCAGCUCAAGGUUGCAUGGGGCAGGAAGCUGCUGAGGAAUCCGAACUGGAGUCCAAAAUUGCAGGUGCAGAAGCAACAACCCCUGAUGCAAAAGUAAAUGCCCAUCUCUUGGAAGACCAUCCAGCAACUUCUGUAUUCAAAGAUAAAUCAUUGAGUGCUGCUGAUGCAUUAAAGGAUUUUAGUAAAGAAAGUCAGGUAUGCAAGAGAGGGAGCCGCUCCACAAGGCAGAAACUGUUAGCAUCUGUUGACCUUAAGUGCAAAUUGGUUGAUUUUGGAAAUGCCUGUUGGACAUAUAAACAGUUUACCAGUGAUAUCCAGACAAGGCAGUAUCGGUGCCCUGAGGUUCUCCUUGGUUCCAAGUACUCUACUCCGGCGGAUCUCUGGUCAUUUGCUUGCAUAUGCUUUGAGCUUGCAACUGGCGAUGUUCUCUUUGAUCCUCACAGUGGUGACAACUUUGAUAGGGAUGAGGUAUGGAUAAAUUUUUGCGUCUUUGAAACUCUGGUCAUUUUACCAUGCCAUUUUCUGACAUAUGCUGUUAGAGGGCUUUUUAUUUUAGAGAAAUUCCUUAAAAUGCUUCCUGGAAAACUAUUGAAGGAGAUUUUCAUAUUAUUUUCCUGGUUCAUGGGCUAUGAUAAGUCACUAUGUGUGUAGAAUUUCAAGACACUG